UUCAAUACAUAACUUGAACACUGAACGAUUCGGUACGCGCUGCCAACAGAACGCCUGUUGAGCUUGUAAUACUACUGAAUGGUGAUUAAAUACGCAUGCUUUCGGCGCGAAAUAUAAACGAAACUGAAUGAACUCUAUCGAUUUGUGAAUUGAAAACAACCGUAAUACGUUAUCGAACAAUUGUGUCAGACCGAAUUGAACACGGCCUGAGAGCGGAAUUGCAUUUGUAAAACUUUUAUUACCGGAGUGAUGUGCUCGAUGAACCGGUAAAACCCGCGAAUCUGGAUUUUAAGAACGAUUCCAAGUUCAACAAUAUACAAGUUACUCAAAGUGUUAUUCAUUGUAGAACUUACCACUUCGACGUCCCCUGACAGCUCGGUCGAAAACUAGGAUAUAAAUCCCGAAAAGAAAAAAAAAUCAACAUGAGCUUCAAUAAAAAUAACCCGAACACUGUGGGGAAGAUUAUGGGAUACCUGAAGCAGUUAUCAACAGAAAUGGGUGGAACCGAGAGCGGUCGCCGUGGCCAAAACGACGAAGAUCGCUUGUACAAAACACGUGGACCAAAAUACGCGCGGGUUCCAUCGAAGCCCACGCUCUCUGCCUCUACCACCUGCACAUCGCUGGCGACAUCCUGUGGCUCCCAAGGCACCCUCACACCAAACUACGGGACUAUACCCGAAAACGUUACCACAGAGAGUGACAGCGAAGACGAACAGGACUCAUUCGAGAAAACUAGACUACAUUUCCAACAGUUACGCCAAAUAAGUCUCGGAAACGAAUUCAAAUACAAAAUGGAGAUGGAGAUAAAGAGCGCCAAGGAAGAGAACUUACGCAAUUCAGUGCCGUAUGUCAAGCAGUUGAGCACAGACAACGCAAAAGUAAAACCCGAGUAUUCGAUCAACGGGGAUACUAAGCCGUAUGCACCUACAACACAAAAACUGUAUCUAUGGACUCAGAUCUUCGCUGCAUUUGCGGUUUCAAUGGGUUCGCUGAUCGUCGGGUUCUCUUCUGGAUACACCUCUCCAGCACUCCCAAGCAUGAACGAAACUUUAACAUUGACUAGCGAAGAGGGCAGCUGGGUUGGAGGACUUAUGCCUUUAGCAGCACUUAUUGGAGGUAUAAUAGGAGGGCCAUUAAUAGAAUACCUCGGUAGAAAAGGAACAAUUAUGAGCACAGCAAUACCUUUCUUUGUUGGCUGGAUGCUUAUUGCAAAUGCUGGCAACGUUAUGAUGGUGUUCGCCGGGCGAGCAUUUUGCGGGAUAUGCGUUGGUGUGGGAUCUCUCGCUUUUCCCGUUUAUCUCGGAGAAACAGUACAACCAGAAGUGCGAGGUGCUCUCGGCCUAUUACCCACAGCUUUUGGUAACACGGGUAUCCUCCUCGCUUUCUUAGUUGGAACGUAUUUGAACUGGUCUCAUUUGGCGUUUUUCGGAGCAGCUCUUCCGGUUCCAUUCUUCAUACUUAUGCUCGCCACACCAGAAACACCUCGCUGGUAUAUGACUAAGAAACGACCAGAAGAGGCUCGAAAAGCCUUGCAAUGGCUGAGAGGCAAAAAUUGUAACAUUGACAAAGAAUUAAGGGAACUUACUUGUUCUCAAGCUGAGUCAGACCGCCUUGGAGGGAACGCUUUCGGCCAAGUUUUUUCAAUGAAAUACCUACCAGCGAUCCUUAUUUCACUGGGAUUGAUGUUGUUUCAACAACUAAGCGGUAUAAAUGCUGUUAUAUUCUACGCCGCAACGAUCUUUAAGUUGUCUGGAAGCACUAUUAACGAGGAUUUGUGUAGUAUAAUCAUUGGAGUUGUUAACUUUAUUUCUACAUUUAUUGCAACAGCUAUUAUUGAUCGUGCAGGAAGAAAAUUAUUGUUAUACAUUUCAUCUGUAUCAAUGGUUAUUACUUUAAUUACGUUAGGAGUAUAUUUCUAUCUCCGGAAAAUUAAUACUGAUGUCAGCGCUUACGGUUGGUUGCCUCUAGCUUGCCUUGUCAUUUAUGUGUUGGGAUUCUCCAUUGGUUUCGGACCGAUUCCUUGGCUAAUGUUGGGUGAAAUUCUACCUUCGAAAAUAAGAGGCACAGCCGCAUCGCUGGCAACUGGUUUUAACUGGACAUGCACAUUUAUUGUAACCAAAUCAUUCCAUAAUAUUAUAAAUGCUAUAGAUAUGUCUGGUACUAUGUGGUUGUUUGCCGCUUUAUGUUUGGCUGGACUUUUCUUCGUUAUAUUUUUCGUGCCAGAAACAAGGGGUAAGAGUUUGGAAGAAAUUGAGAAGAAAUUAACAGGUGGCUCGGCAAGGCGAAUUCGAAUUGUGAGCAGCAAGCAAGUACAAAAUCCGUGUUAAGAUUAGGGGAAAGAUGGUUUCAUUGCGACAAAAUUACAUUCCGGGGUGCAUUCUUUGCAAUUCCUGUAACGUUGUGUUGUGUAUGUUUGCUAAAAACGGGAGCGUAUCGGCAACAUAUUCCAAGAUUAUCUAAGUAUUUUACGAAUAUAUUGCAGAUCGCGUUUGAAGACUGAUUUGGAUUGUAUUUAAAUUAUUUUUAUUUGUAAAUAUUUUAGUCAAAUCUAGUAUGUAGAUAACUUUUUUAUAGUUCCUUUAGGCUUAAUUGUUAAUAUUAAAAAAUAUAUAAUCUCACCUAAGCAAUCAAUGUUAAGCUAGGUUCAAUUUUGCAUUGUUUUACAAACGUUUAUGUAAAAAGCCCAGUACAUUUGUAGACGGUACAAACAACUAAUAUACUACCAAUUAAGUAAAUAUAUUAUAGCUGCUGAAAUUACAGUAAGUUUUAUCAUGACAAACUAUUAAUAUAGAUAGAUAUGUAAAUAAAAUUGUGAUUAACUGACAUUGUCGUGGGACAAUACAUUAUAUAGAUCUAUUGGACUUCGUAUAUUACGAAGGAAAUAUUUAUUUUAUUUGUUAUUUUAAUAAAAAAUGAAUUCAG